GUCACAUGAAAAUCCACACCGGAGAAAAGCUGUUUACAUGUGAUCAGUGUGAAAAGAGUUUCAGUCAAUCAACACAUCUUAAGACUCACAUGAGAGUUCACACUGGAGUGAAGCCGUUCGCAUGUGAUCAAUGCAGCAAAACAUUUCUUCAUUCAUCAAACCUGAAGAAACACCUGACUGUUCAUACGAAGGAGAAACCACAUUCAUGUUCUGUGUGUGGAAAGAGUUUCUCAUGGCUGUCACAUUUAUAUAGCCAUGAGAAAAUUCAUACUGGUGUAAGAGAUUAUAUGUGCUUUGAGUGUGAGAAAACUUUUACUACAGGUUGCAAUUUAAAACUGCACCAGAGGAUUCACACUGGAGAAAAACCUUACAAGUGUUCACACUGUGACGAGAGAUUCAGUUUUUCAGCAUCUCUGAAAAGACAUGAGAGGAUCCACACUGGAGAGAAGCCGCACACAUGUGAUCAGUGUGGAAAGAGUUUCACUGUAAAAAGCGACCUGAAGCGACACACGAAGAUCCAUUCAGCGGAGAAACCACAUUACCACAGUCUGAAAUCACAACCUGAUGGACGUGAACAAGAAAGGAAAAACAGAAGGGAAAACAUCUGUCCCCUGCCCUCAGAGUAAAAAACAUUCACAUGUAAAC